UGCCAUGAGAAAAUUAUAUUAUUUCUUAAAAGUUGAAUUCACACACUUUAUGUUUUUACUAUACUUCUAUUAGUUUUGGAUAUUUCUAAGCGUUUGGUUUUGUUACAAUCUCAAAUCUAGGGCUUCGAUUAUGGAUUAGUUUAUUUUACGAAAGGAUACCUUUUAAAUUUUUAAAAUUUUCUGGUAUCAGAAGUAAACAAUGACAUGAAAUAUACAUAUAUCUAAAAUAAGCAACACAUCAAGUUCCAAUUAAAUUCAGCUACAAGUCAUAGUUUUGUCAAAACAAAAAAACAAAACCAAAAUUCCAAAACAUUGCUUUUUGGUCACCAAAUCUAGUGUAUGAAACGCAAAAAAUAAAUGCCAUAUGUUGCAUUAGCAAUGUUGCAAUGUAAGGUAUUGCUGAAAGCAUACAAGUUUUGGUUAAAAUGCCAAUUAUUUUGAUAAAAGUUACUCAUACGCCACGGCAUACAAACAUAAAUAGUUAAACUAUAUAUGUAAAUUAAAACGUUUUUAAACUGAAUUUGAGGAAUUAAGUAAAUAUAAAAGAUGUAUAAUUUUCAUGAGAUAUGCAAAUGUUAGUGUGAGCAAUUUAAUUUAAGUGUAAGCAAGUGAAAGCUUUUAGGUAAAAGUUGAUUUACAUGAAAUAUGUGACAUGUAAAAAACUAAUACCAUGUACAUAAAUUGAAAGCAUGUAACAAUGUAGAAACUGCAACUAAUGCAGAGAACUAACUUUAUGUUAUAAAAUAAUGGAAAUUUUGCAAAAUUUUGCGUGAUGAAUGAGUGUAAUUCCAAAAAAAAAGUAAUGAAAAAUAUAUGAUAAUUCGAGUUAAAUUCAAAAGAUAGAAAUGACAAAAUAUAUAAUAAUGCGCAGUUAUCAAAAGCCUUGCAGCGGAAUAGUAAAAAGUCACUAAAAGUCACUAACAUAACCCGAUGAUUGUAGCGCUUACGAUGGCAGCAUAAAACUGAUUGUGUAAAACAUCAAAGCAAAUUAGCUUAGUCAACAAAAUAAAUAUAAUAAAAACCAGGAACUCAAAAUACAACCACAAUAGUGUAAAUCAAUAAUAAACACAAAAAAAUAACAAACGCCAAAAACAUAGCAAACGGCAAAAAAAUAGGUAGCAGCGAAGUCGACCACAAAAAGCAGAAAUCAAUAGGCAAAAGUUGCUCAUACGCCAACGCCCACAGUACAGCGCUAGAACAAGCACCGCUAGGCAACUGCAUACAGCCAGUAGCUGUUCAACACCGUAUUCCAGCAACCAACUUGUGCCGCUUCAGCAACACAAUAACAACAAACCACAAAUAGACUUCAAACGUAACCAUUGUGUUGGCGCGCUCGUCUGACAAAUGGUAUAAGAUGGCACUUGGAACUAAUAACUUUGCGCUUCUGCACCUACCGACCUACGCCAAUACGUAACUCAACUAAGUGCAGUAUACCAAAAAAAUAACAGAAAAGCUUUGAAAGAAGCAAAAUUUGUCGAAGAGAUCCAACAAAAUGGUGUCCAACAUAUCGAAUUUAUUCUACAUCAGUCUACUGGCGAGCUUUAUGCCACAAUACGCACAAGCCGGGAAAACAGAAGCCAGCGAACCGCCUGCUGGGCAGGAGCAUGGCAGCGCUAGCUUGGCUAUGGCACGCGCUCGAGCGCUGGCGAAUAUACAAGAACAACUUUUACCGAAUUUAAAUCUCUUACAAUUGGAGGCAAAUGAGUUUCUCAGUCGGGUCAAUGGCGCCAUCUAUAAUAUGACCUUCAACGAGACUUUCGAAGAGGAGAUGAUGUGUCACAAUGGGCAGAAUGCGAUUGCCAAUCUGGUCACGAUGAUACUCUAUGCACUCGUUUGCAUUAUUGGGCUCUUCGGCAAUACACUCGUUAUUUAUGUGGUGUUGCGUUUUUCGAAAAUGCAAACAGUCACCAAUAUUUAUAUACUCAAUCUGGCCAUAGCCGAUGAGUGCUUUUUGAUUGGCAUACCAAUACUCUUGUAUACAAUGCAAAUCGGCAGAUGGCCAUUUGACGAUUAUGUGUGUAAAGCUUAUAUGGUGAGCACAUCGAUAACACAAUUUACAUCGUCGAUAUUCUUGCUGAUCAUGUCAGCCGAUCGUUAUAUAGCUGUUUGUCAUCCGAUAUCGUCGCCACGCUAUCGUACGCCGUUCGUAUCGAAAUUGGUCUCGGGUUUUGCUUGGCUGACGUCGGUGCUACUUAUGUUGCCCGUGAUACUGUUCGCCAACACGGUGCAGUCGAAUGAGGAUCACGUGUCGUGCAACAUUAAGUGGCCCGAAGCACAAAAUACACAAUCGGGUACCACAUUUAUACUGUACACACUGACAUUGGGCUUUGCCACACCGCUUACAUUCAUUUUGAUCUUCUACUUUCUCGUUAUACGCAAAUUGCAUACGGUCGGUCCAAAGCAAAAGUCCAAAGAGAAGAAGCGCUCUCACCGCAAGGUGACCAAACUGGUGCUAACAGUGAUUACAGUAUACAUACUGUGUUGGCUACCCUAUUGGAUAUCACAGUUGGCGCUCAUCUAUUCGUCGCCAAGCAAAUGUGCAUCGAGACUCGAGAUCACCAUCUUCCUACUAGCCGGCUGUCUUGGCUACUCGAACUCGGCCAUGAAUCCCAUACUAUAUGCAUUUCUGAGUGACAAUUUCAAGAAGAGCUUCCUAAAAGCUUGCACUUGUGCAACUCGUAAGGAUGUCAAUGCCCAGUUACAAUUGGAAAAUAGUCUCUUUCCAAAAUUUGGCAAAAAUCGUCAAUCGGAUCGUUUAUUCUCACCGAAGAAGGCGAAACAGAAGAAGUUGCUGGUAACACGUAAUAAUAAUGCUGCAAAUAUGCACAACGCGGCUUCAACAACAACCACGACAACGACGAAUACAACAACAACUAGCAAUAAUAGUGCCGCCAAUCAAAUUGUUGCUUACACGGAUCCUCAGACCAGCAAUUUCCCGACAUUGAAGACGCCGCUAAUGACAGCUAACCAACAAGCAGCUGGGAACGUUGUGUCGGGCACAAAUGCAACCGUGCUUUUAGUGCCGGACACAUCGUGCGCAGACGUGUUGGAACAUCAGUUCGCAGCUGAAGGCACGACGAAGCCGAUUGGUACCGAUAUGAGUUGUAAAGCGCCUGUGUUGCACACGGACUUAUAAGACUUGGCUAUGGGUGGUCGUACGCCAGUCGAGACCAUUGUCUAUGUGGCAAAGAGAUGAGUAUCAGCGAGAGAGUUCCGAAAUGAAGAGUUGAUAUGAGCGUUAGUUAUGACAAGAAAAUGAGGAUUAGAAAGUUUAUAGAGUGAGCGAGUAAGUUGCGUAGGAGUAUAUAGUUGAGACUGAGCAGUUGUGCUUGGGUAAUUAAAAGAUCGGCUUCUACUAAGCGGUAGCAUAUGGAUAGAUGAAAAUCUUAAAAGCAGAGAGAAAGAACUGUACGGUUUGAUUUGAAUAUAAUUGAAGUCACUUAAAUAUUUAGGGAAAGUAUAGAAGGCAUUGAUAUCUCAUAAAGCACUAAGUAGAGUAAGAGGGUGUGAGAUGAGCUUUGUGAUAAAACUAGCGCUAUUAAUGAUAUUUCGACUUGAAGAUAUGUAUAUUAACUAAAAUUAAAAAGUCAAAUCAUGAGCUGAGUUUGAAAGCGUUUAUAGCAAAAAGAGUAGGGUUAGUAUUCAAAAUACUUAAUAUUAGGAGCUUUACUUAUAUAUCAUAUCAAAACUAUGCUGUUAAGGUAUAUGAUCAAACCUCAAUUCAUAUAACCAAAAAGCUUUUAAGCGUAAAAGCUUUGAAAGCUCCCUGAGUUUAUAUAGAAGUUUCAAGGCAGUUAGUAGCAAGUGAUUUUACGUUCAAUAACAGCAUAUAACUCAGUUGAAUACUAGAUAACAAAUUUUGAUUUUCCGUUAUGGUAUUCUUUUUAUAAGAUAUCAAAGCUUCGCAGCACUUUUUUAUUAAACCAAAUUUAAAGUAAAUUUCAAAAACUUUUUAUGUAAAUAGCUAUAACGAAAACCAGAAACUAUUUUUUAAAAAGCUUCCAAAACUUUAAUUUUUUUAAAAGCUUCCUAAACUUUAAUUUUUUGAAAAGCUUCAAAAACUUUAACUUUUUAAAAUAUUUGUAUGUAAAUAGCAAUAACGAAACCCAGAGUUUUUUUUUUUUUGAAAAGCUUCCAAAACUUUAACUGAUUAUAGUAAAUUCAAAAUUUGCAGUACAUAAGACUAUCGAUAUCACCGCCUAGUAUAGCAAAAGUUCUUCAAAUUUUCAUGUACGCCAUUAAUGUAAGGAAAUCUGUUGCUAAUUUACUUGUAUACAAGUAUAAUGCUUGGAAAGCUAGAGUUCGUGAAUUUAAAAUUUUUAGUGCUUGUAAAACAUUUGUACAAAACAAUAUUAACUUUGUAAUAGUUUUUAAAAUGUGACACAAAAAUCGUGAAACUUUUCUUAAUGAAAAUAAAAGUCCACGCAAGUAUAAUUACCUUAAGCUUUGAGCUUUUAUGUUUAACCGCAAUUAUUAUAAAUAUAAAUGCGAUUUUUUCACUUUUAAUAACAAUCCGAUUCGUAUCACCUCGAGCAGUUGUGUUUUUCAAAGCACUGCUAUACGAUAUUUUCAGUAUUGAAACUGAGUGAAAGCUUUAACAACUCUUAACAGCUUACAUGAGUCUAAGAGGAAACAUUCAGCUAUUUUUUUUCACCACACUCAUUCUCUUCACCUUUGCCCAAGUCUUUUGGUUCUGUUGUGAUAUUUGCACAUGGCAUACGAAAAACAGUUUAAUUUCAAAAAUAAAAAUAAAUAAAUAUUGUAGAUGUUAAAGUAAAGUUUGUAUUAAAUUAAAAAUCAGCAAAAGAAAUAAUAUUAAUUAAAUUUUAAAUUUUCAAUAGCAUUACCUUUAUGAACGUGAAAAAAUUAAAAGAAUUUUAAAUAUUAAGCCAUAAAACAAAAGUUAAAGUCAUAUACCAAAUAUUAUCGUUCUCAAUAAAACGUCGAUCGAAUUUAUCUGUUAUUGCAGUGUUAGAUUCCAUAGUGAAAUAAAUAAAUUUGAAAUUUAAGCACAAUAAGUAUUAUCGACUAAAUAGGUACUUAAGUUUAAGUUUGUAAUGAAGAAAAAGAAACUUUAUGUGUGUGAUAUGUUCAAUUUUAAGAUUUAUAUAAAAAAAUAACAAUAAAAUUACUUUAAGCUGCUAAAUUUAAUGACGAAAACUUCAAUAUAUAUUUAUAUAUAUAUAUAUAAAUGUUCUAAAUUUUUUUUAUUGUAAAUUAAUAUAAUGUUAUAAACAAUUAUCAAAAAAUAUAAAUAAAAAUAUUACUUAAGUUCCAUAUUAUAUUCAGCUUUUUAUAUAACAAAUUAGCUUUGGAAAUAUAAUUUUAGUUUAUGUUAUAUAUUUUUGAAUUGAGUAAUUGAGUAAUGCCUUGCGAAAUUGUAAAUCAAAAACAUUAUUUAUCAA